AUGGUACGAGUUCCAAUCAACGACUUGCCCGCAAACGCUUACUUCUUGCCUCACCAUGGGGUAUUGAAGCUUGAUAGCACCACUACGAAACUCCGCCCAGUGUUCAACGGUUCCUGUGCAACAUCUACAGGAAUUUCAUUGAAUGAUAUUCUACACGCAGGACCCAAAACGCAAAUUGACAUCUUCGACGUGAUGUUGAGAAUCCGCUGCAACAGAAUUCUAUUCACUACUGACAUCACCAAGAUGUUCAGACGGAUUGAGGUUGAUUCGCUUGAUUGGCCGCUUCAGUGCAUUUUCUGGAUAGAUGAGAAUGACCUAGUAGACGCUUACUGUCUCAAGACAGUCACCUACGGGACCGCUAGUGCACCUUUUGACGCUGUACGUAUGCUCAUCCAACUAGUCAAGGAUGAAGGACACCGCUUUCCGCUAGCUGUUGCUCCAAUGUUGGAAACACGCUACGUAGAUGACAUCUACGGUGGAGCAGACAACGAAGAAGACGCUAUCAGAGUUGCAGUGCAAAAAAAAGCACUGUGCGCAGCAGGCUGUUUCCCGCUUACCAAAUGGGCUAGCAAUAGUCCAAGACUACUCGCUGAAGUCGCUCCAGAAAAGCAGCUAGAAAUACCGCUUAAAGAAAUCAGUGAUGCACCAGUAAAGGUCCUGGGCAUGUACUGGAAUUCAAACACUGACGCUCUCCAGUUCAAGUACACGCUACCGCCAGAGACACCUAAGACAAAAAGAGCUAUUUUGUCUGAAAUCGCUAAGCUGUAUGACCCGCUAGGAUUUCUCGCACCAAUUGUCUAUUGGAAUAAUAUUGGACCUGGAGCAACAAUAGAAUUGCACGGGUUCUCAGACGCUUCGCAAAACGCUAUGGCUGCCGCUGUUUAUUUGAGAGUCACUGACGCUGAUGGGAACACAAAGGUCUCCCUUUUGUGUUCAAAAACGCAAGUAGCACCGCUGACGACCAUGACAAUUCCACGCUUAGAAUUAUCUGCUGCAUGGUUGCUUACACGACUGAUACUUCAUGUCAAGGAAGUUCAGUCGCUAGAAAAUGUCAGGAGCAAUCUCUGGACUGACUCUGCCGUGACUCUCGCAUGGAUUAAAAGUCUAGCAAACCGCUGGAAGACAUUUGUCCGCAAUAGAGUGGGAAAAAUCCAAGAAAUGCUUCGAGAUGUCUCCUGGAAAUUUAUUCCAGGAAAGCAAAACCCCGCUGACUGCGCUUCAAGAGGUAUACCAACGCUAAAGCUAAAACAACACGCUCUCUGGUGGCAUGGACCAACUUGGCUUCAUGAACCAGAAUCCUCUUGGCCCACUCUGGAGCUUCCGGAUGACAACGCAACGCAUCGAGAAGAACGCCAAGGUCUGACACUAGUAACUUGGAAAGCAGAAAACUGCCUGCUCCAACAAUUACUAUCGCAUUACACGCAGCUGUUUCCACUGCUACGGAAGCUCAGCAUCUGGCAUCGUGUCAUCGACCGCUUCAAAAGAGUUCCACAAUCUUCGCUGGCCUACCCGCUUACUCCAUCAGACCUGGAGCGCGCUCAAUUGACUUUGAUUAAGUUCACUCAAGGACAAUAA